GACCUUGACCAUCCACCAGCGCAUCCACACAGGGGAACGUCCAUUCGCCUGUGCACACUGCCCCAGGGCCUUCAGAUUCAAGAAGGUCCUCACUGCCCACCAGUGCAUCCACACGGGUGAGAAGCCAUACAUGUGUGGUCAGUGUGGCAAGAGGUUUACCUGGAAGGUCAACCUGGUCAGCCACCAUAGCAUCCACACCGGGGAGCACCCCUUUGCCUGCGCCCGCUGCCCCAAGGCCUUCAGAACCAAGAAUGACCUCACUGCCCACCAGCGCAUCCACACAGGUGAGAAGCCCUACAAGUGUGGGCAGUGUGGCAAGAGCUUCACCCAGAAGGGCAACCUGGUCAGCCACCAGCGCAUCCACACCGGGGAGCACCGCUUCACCUGUAACUGCCUCAAGGCCUUCAGAUUCAAGACUGUCCUCAAUGUCCACCAGCGCAUCCACACAGGUGAGAAGCCCUACAAGUGUGGUCAGUGUGGCAAGAGCUUCACCCGGAAGAGCCACCUGCUCAAACAUCAGCUCAUCCACACCGGGGAGCGUCCCUUCACCUGUGCCCACUGCCCCAAGGGUUUCAGAGCCAAGAAAGACCUCACUGCCCACCAGCGCAUCCACACGGGUGAGAAGCCUUACAAGUGUGGUCAGUGUGGCAAGAGCUUCAUCGAGAAGCGCAACCUGGUCAGCCACCAGCGCAUCCACACCAGGGAGCAUUGCUUCACUUGUGCCCACUGCCCCAAGGCCUUUAGAUUCAAGAAUGUCCUCACUGCACACCAGCGCAUCCACACGGGUGAUAAGCCCUACGAGUGUGGUCAUUGUGGCAAGAGCUUCAACCAGAAGACCAACCUGCUCAGACAUCAGCUAAUCCACACCGGGGAGCGCCCC